GCAGCUUUGUGGAUUGCUUUACCAGCAGAAGAGAGUGAGGCAAUGUCAUGAACGUAUGGUGGAAAUCUACCAGUUGUGCUAUUACUCAUCCUACCUCUGCUUUGCUCUCCAUAAGGAAUCUACUGCUACUGACCAAAAGAAAGAAAUCUGCUGUAUAUCAUGGAUCCAGCUGUCCAUCAUUCAGUCCAAAACACAGGACAUUUCGUAACUGACUGCCAACCAGGAAAAAACUUCUCUAAUCCCAGUUAUGGACAAAUGCCUGUCCCUCCAGGCAACUUGCCUCCUCAAUCUCCGCCGAUGAUGCCUGCUCCUCAGAGACCUCCCGGGUGUCCACCCGGGCUGGAGUACUUAACACAGAUUGACCAGCUUCUCGUUCACCAGAAAGUGGAGCUGGCUGAAGCUAUUUUAGGAUGGGAGACCAACAACAAGUACCUGGUGAAGAACUCGCUCGGGCAGCAGGUCUUUUACGUGGCUGAGGAGAACGACUGCUGUAACCGGAACUGCUGUGGACCGCUUCGAUCCUUCGUCCUCCACAUACAGGACAACGUGGGUCAGGAGGUGAUCACGCUCACGAGACCUUUACGCUGUGGCGGCUGCUUGUGCCCCUGCUGUCUGCAAGAGCUUGAGAUUCAGUCUCCUCCAGGCACACCCAUCGGGUACGUGGUUCAGACCUGGCACCCUUUCUUACCCAAGUACACCAUUCAAAAUGAAAACAAGCAGGACAUCCUGAAGAUCGUAGGACCUUGCUGCACCUUCAAAUGUUGUUCCGAUGUGAACUUUGAGGUUUUGUCGAUGGAUGAAACGUCGUCCGUGGGCCGCAUCAGUAAGCAGUGGACUGGCUACAUACGAGAGGCUUUCACGGACGCCGACAAUUUUGGGAUCCAGUUCCCUCUGGACCUGGACGUGAAGAUCAAGGCUGUGCUUCUCGGAGCCUGUUUUCUUAUUGACUUCAUGUUCUUUGAGAGGAAACAGAACAGACAUUGAGCGGGAGGUUCCUUCUCAUUUUCUUCACCGUGACGCGUCCGUACUGGCGUCUUUGCUGGACCUUAUACGACCUUAUACAGGAGAAUAUACGUCUCUCUUUCUCACUACAAAUAUUCAGUGUAUCUUUAAUACACAGUGUGUCCCAAAAGUCUCCAGUGUCUGUCACUACCUUCCUGAUGCAGAACUUAUGGACACGCUGCACUGUUGUGUAUAUGUAUACUGUAUGUACUGUAUAUGGGACUCCUCAUUUAUGUGUGUUUUUGAGUUAGAAGCUCUAGAUGGCAGCAUGGCGCAAUUUAACUGUGCGCUGAUUUGGUCUGUAUACGACUAAUUCUCAAGGCCUUAACCGGUGCAUUAUUACAGUCAGAUAAUUAAAGCUUUAUACCAAAGAACCUACACUCGGUCCCUAUGCUGAAUAGGACGGAGAGUAUUUUUUUCUGCCCCAGAGCAGUACAGAAGCUUGCAUCCUGCCCUCGUUACUGGCCGUGAAAAACAACAGGGGUGUAACAGGCGGAUGCUUUCUGUUUGAUCAAUAAUGGAGAAGCCGUCUAAUGGAGGCGUCUGGAGAAACGAUUGAUGUUUCACCUGACCCAGAUCGGGCCAUCUGUGGACUGCAGAAUGACACCAAACAUCAGCUCCUUGGUGCAUUAACCCUGACUGGAUAAGAAAAACUGUUGCCAUAUAUAAGGGCUCGUAUAUCGAAAUCACUUCGUAUCUUUUUAAUAUGUUUAUAAGUGGAAUCAUUCGUUUAGUGUUUGUUCUCGAUGCAUGUAACACAAAUUGUUCUACAAUAAUGCAGUUAAUGCAGUUAUUACAAUAAUCUACAAUAAACAAAC